AUGGCGUCUCACUUGUACGGUUUGCUGAUGUCCUAUACGAAGACCCAAGUAUGCAUCGCAGCUAUUAACUUGAACUUGUUUGAUAUACUGGAAGAUGGACCCAGGAGUGUCAAACAAGUCUUAGAAAUGGUAGAGGCAGACGCCGACCGUAUAGAAUGCAUACUCAACGCGUGUGUUGGGAUGGGACUGUUGGAGAAAAUACAUGAUGCUAAUGUUGAUGGAGAUUGCCUAUUCCGCAAUACGCCCGAGUCGAAGAAAUAUCUGACUUCAUCAAGUCCGUUGUCAAUGCGUCCUCUCUUUGUUGGGACCAGUCUUAUUGAUUACCAAUUGGUUGGCAACUUGACUCAUGCAGUGAGAGAAGGCAAAUCACAAAUACCGCGAGUGUAUGGCAGCCGCAAUUACUUCGACGAACUUUAUCGCGAUCCCAAUGAAAGGAAGGGAUUCAUGACGGAAAUGCAUUCAAUGUCGUCCGUGUUUAUGCGUGAACUGGUAACUCUGUUCGAUUUGUCGCAUUACACAAAUGCGUGCGAUCUCGGUGGUUGUACCGGUGCCUUGGCUUACGCCUUCGCCGCUAAAUACCCGAAGAUGACGUUAGCGGUGUAUCACCAAGAGCUUUACCUUAAAGUGACAAGUCUACAAGAGUUUCGUAUACUGGAGAUGUGA